AUGGGUAAGACUGGAAAGAAAUCUGAGAAAGGACGAAUUUGUUGGAGAAAGUGUGUAAAAUCAGAAUAUAUGAGGCUUAGAAAGCUCAAGAGGUUCAGAUGGGCAGAUGAAGUAAAGAGCAUGCUUAAUUGCAAUCGUCAGAAGAUACAAGAAAGAACGGAAAUCUUAAAUCAAGAAUGGAAACAAUGCCGGAUACAACCUGUACACAUCAUGACUUUUGUGAGCUCAUUGCGUGGGACCAGGGAGUGUUCUGUCAGCAGUGACUUAGACUUUCCAAAACAAGUUAUUCCUCUCAAAACUCUGAAUGCUGUUGCCUCAGUACCCAUAAUGUAUUCUUGGUCACCCCUUCAGCAAAAUUUUAUGGUAGAGGAUGAGACAGUUUUACAUAACAUUCCUUAUAUGGGUGAUGAAGUGCUUGAUCAGGAUGGAACAUUUAUUGAAGAACUAAUAAAAAACUAUGAUGGAAAGGUACAUGGAGAUAGAGAGUGUGGAUUUAUCAAUGAUGAAAUAUUUGUGGAGCUAGUCAAUGCACUUGGCCAGUACAGUGAAGAUGAUGAUGAUGGUGACAAUUUUGAUGGGAGGAGUGAAAAACAGAAAACUCAGGAGACCAACAAAAUGGAUAUGUUAGUAGGAUUUAGAGAUCUUUGUGAGUGA